ACUUGCAUUGCAUUAACAUAUGCACUAUAUUUGCUCUGUUGGUCAUAAGUACUUUUUUUUUCUUCCAAGUUUAUACAGAAACUUUGAUAUGGCUAGUUUUCAGUUCAAUAUAGCUCGUGUAAAUGAUCAGAAAUUAGUUCAACGAACAGUUCUUUUCUAUAAAGGAUCAGACUGCACACAAUUACAGCCUCAUUUACUGUCAAGGUGUCCAUGUUCUAUAGAAGCUGACCAGGAACAAGGCACUGACUACGUUUACAUGCACAUCCAAAUCGAGCUGCUGUCGGUAAUCGAGCUGAAGGUCCCAGCAGGGUGCCAGAGAAAUCCAAUCCUACAUGCACACAACUGAAAUCGGGCUAUUGUGUGAGGUGCAUUGUGCACCCGAGCCACAGGUGGCGCAACACGCCCCAUCGUGUUGGUACACUUCCGGUUGUCGUCAUGAAGAAGAGCUAUUCAAGAGCGUAAACAAAGUUAUCAGUUCCGUGUUCUCCAUUGCGCGUUUUUCUCCCGUCCAUGAAUUUUAAUAUAUUCAACUCCUUAAGCUGAAUGAGCAUGAACUCUGUCUCCUCAUUGCUCCAGAAGUGCACGUUUCUGCUUGCCUGUGGCAGUGGGGGCGUGGUCAAGCGCCGGUCUGUGACAGGAGGGCGGAGCCAGGGAAGGUCAAUUCUGGAAAAAGAAGGGCCAAGCUCGUUGUUCCGAGGACUGGGUCCAAAUCUGGUUGGUGUUGCACCAUCAAGGGCAAUAUAUUUUGCAGCCUAUUCCAAGUCAAAAGAGACAUUCAAUGGCAUCUUUGUGCCAAACAGUGGGGCAGUGCACAUGUCUUCAGCUGGGUUUGCAGCAUUUGUAACCAACUCCUUAAUGAACCCCAUCUGGAUGGUCAAAACCAGAAUGCAGCUUGAAAAGAAGGCACGAGGAGAGAAGAAGACGAACGCGUUACAGUGCGCACGCAACGUAUACAGGACAGAAGGUAUACGAGGCUUUUACCGGGGCCUCACUGCAUCAUAUGCUGGAAUCUCGGAGACCAUGAUUUGCUUCCUCAUCUACGAGACGCUGAAGAAGCACAUAGCAAGGAGUCGGCUUACGUCAGCCAACAGUGAUGGAGGCAAAAGAGCCUCGGAUUUCCUGAGCCUUAUGUUAGCAGCUGCUUUUGCCAAAGGCUGUGCCUCUUGCAUAGCAUAUCCACAUGAGGUCAUUCGGACGAGGCUGAGAGAAGAGGGCAGCAAAUAUAAAUACUUUUUCCAAACGGCCCGCCUGGUGGCAGUGGAGGAGGGCUACGCUGCUUUUUAUAGAGGACUCAUUCCACAGCUCAUUAGGCAAAUUCCCAACACUGCUAUAGUGCUCUCCACAUAUGAGCUCAUUGUCUACCUGCUGGGGCAGCCCUCCAAAUAAAGCCCAGUAUAACUUGCACAAAGCCUUUUUUUUUUUUUUUUCUCUGGACCUGUAGUUAAAGUUGGAGAAAAUGAAACCUGUCGACACUGUUUUUGCCAGCGGAUGAAGACUGGCGGUAAAAUCCAAAGACUUUAAAGAGGGGGGAACCCCCCUUUUUUUUUUUUUAUUUGGAUGCAUCCAUUCUACUAUAUGUAAAAAUUUCGAUUUACAUUUAUCCUGCAUCUGAACUGACACUUUAAUUUCAGAUAUGCAAGAUAUUAAUAUGGUACACAUGUAAGGUUUAGUACGGAAGCCGAGAGAGGCCCUUCAUAUAAUCCUUUUUUUAAUUCACCUUGUUAUCCCGAGAUAACGACAUAAUUAAUUCGAGAUCUCGAGAAAACAAAACAAUUAUUCCGUGAUCUCGAAAACAAAACAAUUAUUUCAUGAUCUCGAGUAAACAGCUGAGAAAUGGUUCAUUCAGGUACGCCAAGAGACUUGUGACAUGCUGACUUUGGGGCUAUUUCUCAUUCUGUAUAGACGCAACUUUGGUCAUUAGAACGUCUGGAAUAAUCGAUCACCUAAUAAGGCAAUAUUUUGAUCAGGGGUUGACACAGGGAGAGAUUGCAUUAAGUCUGACCCACAGGGGGGCGCAGCUCUGCUAGAAAUCUCAGCUGUUUUCUCGAGAUCACGGAGUAAUUUUGUUUUCUCGAGAUCUCGAAUUAGUUGUGUUUUCUUGACAUCCUGAAUUAUGUCAUUAUCUCAGAAUAACAGUUUUUUCUCGAUCUCGAAUUAGUUGCGUUUUCUCGAGAUCCUGAAUUAAUUGUCUCUAUCUCGGGAUAACAAGGGGAAUAAAAAGAUUAUAUGAAGGGCCUCUCGCGGCUUCUGUAGUUUAGAGCCAAGUGUUAAUAUUGUAUCACUGUACAGAAAGGUCAUCCUAAAGCACAUAGUGAUUUUAAGUUAACUAAAUUAUUCUUAUUUUAUUAUUUGUUUUAUUGUAGUCUUUAAUUUCAGUCAUGGUUUUGUCCAGCCUGUGUUACCCAUCCAAAGAUGCUGAAGCUGAACUGUCCAGUAGAUCCUGUUAUAAACUUGAAAGGGAAGGAUGUUGGUAUGAAGAUAUGAAGGAGAGCACUUUGGCACAUACUGUAUAACUGCGUGUUGCAGUAGUUGUGUUCAUGUUAAUCAUGUACAGUAGUGAUCUUGGUUGUUCGUGUCUGUUUACUGUCCCGUUUGUGACAGUAAUUUUAUCUUUUACAGAAAAAAGGAAAAUACACAAGUAAUGGUUCAAUAAAAUGAAAGCUGAGCUGAA